GUGCAAGGAAAUAAGAUUGGGAAGGAAAUACUUAAGCAAUUUCUCACUGAUUUGCAUUGAUCACUUGCAGUUGUUCCAGGACAUAGAGCCGACUCAGUCUCCCCAGGAUCCUGUAGGACGGCCCAUUAUGCACCAGUCUGGAAUUAAGCAUGCCACUGGUGAAGCAGUUUACAUUGAUGACCUUCCUUCUGUGGAUGGGGAGCUCUUCCUGGCUGUCGUCACUAGUUCCAGAGCUCAUGCUAAGAUUGUCUCUAUAGAUACUUCAGAGGCUCUAAAAGUGUCAGGUGUGUUCGAUGUCAUAUCAGCUCAUGAUGUACCAGCUACAAAUGAGUUCUACUAUUCUGAUGAUCCAGAGAUUAUAUUUGCAAGAAACAAGGUGACCUGUGUUGGGCAGAUUGUCUGCGCUGUGGUCGCAGAUUCAGAUAUUCAUGCUAAACAAGCAGCUGCAAAAGUGAAGAUAGAGUAUGAAAUGUUGGAACCAGUGAUCUUAACAAUUGAGGAAGCUAUAAAGCACAACUCAUUCUUUGAGCCCAAAAGAAAACUAGAACAAGGAAAUGUUGAUCAGGCAUUUGAAACUGUUGAUAAUACAAUUGAAGGAGAGAUUCACAUUGGGGGACAGGAACACUUCUACAUGGAGACUCAGAGUGCGCUUGCUGUUCCAAAAGGAGAGGAUAAGGAAAUGGAUGUGUAUGUGUCAACACAGCAUCCAGCAGUUAUUCAGGAGAUGGUAGCUGCGAGUUUAGGCGUCCCAGCCAACAGGAUCAUGUGCCAUGUUAAACGAGUUGGUGGAGCUUUUGGUGGUAAACUUGUGAAAUCUGGCUUACUGGCAUCAGUUGCUGCAGUGGCAGCAAACAAAACCAGCAGAGCAGUCCGCCUUGUUCUGAGCCGAGGGGAUGAUAUGUUAAUCACAGGUGGUCGACAUCCUUUUAUUGGUAAAUAUAAAGUUGGCUUCAUGAAUGAUGGUAGGAUCAGAGCUGUGGAUGUCAAAUAUUACAUUAAUGGAGGAUGCACCCCUGAUGAAUCUGUCCUGGUAGCAUCAGUAUCCUUAUUAAAAAUGGACAAUGCAUACAAGAUUCCCAACUUGAGAUGCUGUGCUUAUGCCUGCAAAACAAACUUGCCAUCAAAUACAGCAUUUCGAGGGUUUGGCUUUCCCCAGUCAGGACUGGUGACAGAAACUUGGAUAACAGAAGUUGCAGAUAAAACUGGUUUAUCGCCAGAAAAGAUUAGGGAAAUAAAUAUGUAUAAGGAGAACGAGCAGACACACUUCAAGCAAAAGCUUGAUCCACAAAACUUAAUACGGUGUUGGAAUGAAUGUAUGGAGAAAUCUGCAUACUACAGUAGGAAAACAACUGCCAAUGAAUUUAACAAACUAAAUUACUGGAAGAAAAAAGGGAUUGCCAUUGUACCAAUGAAGUUUCCGUUUGGACUAGGCGCACGGUACCUUUCUCAGGCUGCUGCUCUGGUUCAUAUUUAUACUGAUGGGUCUGUGCUUCUGACACAUGGUGGAAUUGAAAUGGGGCAGGGUAUUCAUACAAAAAUGAUUCAGGUUGCUAGUCGGGAAUUGAACAUCCCCAUGUCACGUAUUCACUUCUGUGAAACGAGCACAACAACUGUUCCCAAUGCAUGUGCCUCAGCAGGAUCUGCCGGGACAGAUGUCAAUGGCAUGGCUGUGAAGGAUGCUUGCCGAACUCUUCUGAACCGCCUGCAGCCUAUCAUCAAGAAGAACCCAAAAGGCACCUGGAAUGAAUGGAUUCAAGAAGCUUUUGAACAAAGCGUGAGUCUUUCAGCUACUGGUUACUUUAGAGGUUACAGUGAAAACAUGGAUUGGGAGAAGGGGGAGGGACAACCAUUCACGUAUUUUCUUUAUGGAGCUGCUUGUUCAGAGGUUGAAAUUAACUGCCUAACAGGAGAUCACAAGAACCUCAGAACAGACAUUGUUAUGGACAUUGGAUGCAGCAUAAAUCCAGCUGUAGAUAUAGGGCAGAUUGAAGGUGCCUUCGUUCAAGGCAUUGGACUGUACACAAUGGAAGAAUUAAAGUAUUCUCCAGAAGGAGUCCUCUAUACUCGGGGUCCAGAUCAGUAUAAGAUCCCUGCUGUUUGUGAUAUUCCAGAGCAGUUUAGUGUUUCCUUGCUGUCAUCUUCCCAAAAUCCUUAUGCCAUCUAUGCAUCCAAGGGCAUAGGUGAGGCAGGACUUUUCUUGGGAUGCUCUGUGUUCUUUGCUUUGAGAGAUGCAGUAACUAGUGUGAGGAAUGAAAGAGGACUGAAGACGACCUUUGUGCUGAAUAGCCCUCUGACCGCUGAACAAAUACGGGCAAGCUGCACAGAUGACUUCACUGAGAUGAUGACAAACAAUGAAUCUGCUUCCUUCACUCCUCGGGCCGUAUCUGUGUGA